AUGGGACUGCAUAUUGACAAUUUGAACCUUACCGGCACGCCGCCUGCAGCGACAUCCGCACCGACGUCCAUCUCGCGCUGUUUCAAGCCUCCAAAUCAGCACACUCAGAAUCAGCAUCAGCGCCGGCAUCAGGCUUGCCCCUAUCCAGAACCCGCACUCGCCCACGUCUUCCCCUGGUUGGCAAACGCAGUGCCAGCACCAAAAGCACCGACGAGGACACGGACCUCAAUCGGCAUAGAGGGGAACGGGCCAAAUCCAAUUCCAAGAAAAAGAGUCUGGACAACCGAAGCAGGGAACCCACCCCCAAUUCCUCCAGAGAGGGGCCACCCGUUCGGCCCAAUAGCAACGAGGGGCAAGCUGCCCGACCACAGGUUCCGCACCGAAGCCCAAGCCCAGACGCGGACAGCGACACAGAACCAGACACGGGUUCAAGCCACAGCCACAUCUUCAACUAUCACUGGUUCUGCUUCAUCUCCGUCGAUCGAACCCACUCUCAGCAUUUCACUUUCGGCUGCGGCCACCACCAAUACUGAAAUCAAUUCAACUUCCAGCACUAUUCCCACGUCACCUUCUAUCACCACCCGAAUACCUUCUCCCUUGAUCCCUCUCGAGCAAGCGUCUUCUGCAGCCAUUGCUGCCGACCAGAAACCCGGUCCUCCUGUCGUCGUCGUUCAGCAACCUUCCACUCCGACCGUCCCGACGCUCCCCCCACACUCAGGUUCUCGACAUGAUAGUCCCGAAGCAAUGCAGAGAAAGAUAUGGGUGAAGCGACCUGGCGCCUCCCCUACGAGAGUUGGAGUUGCCGAAGAUGACCUCGUGGAUAAUGUGCGCGAUGCCGUCCUACAAAAAUAUGCCAACUCCCUCGGCCGCAGCAUCGAUGCUCCGGACAUCACCCUCAAGAUCAUCAGCCGCGACCAAAAUAAUCGAAAUGUGAGCCCGGAGCGUGCCUUGGGACCCGAAGAGCCCAUCGGUGCGACUCUCGAUGCCUAUUAUCCCGGCGGACAGACCGUCGAUGAGGCUCUCAUUAUCGACGUUCCCUCCCGACGAACACCGCGACCGUCUCCUCGAGCCGGAAAUCACCACAUCUCCUACUUUUAUCCCGAUACCUACCGACCUGACGAUGCUGCUCGAGAGUAUUUUCCUCCCAUGCCCGUCCACUCUCCACAUAUCGCGCAUGUUCCCCAUCCCAACGCCGUUCCUCAUGCCAUGUCUGUAUUGACCACCGGCCAUGUGCCGCCCUUACCCAGUCCCGGAUCACAUGGACAACGGAGACAUGCACGGCCCAAAUAUGGCCGGCAACAUACGAGUAGCCCCACGAUCAUGCAUACCGUUCAACCUAAUGGGCAAGUCAUCGAAUCGAAAUCACAGAUAAACGGGACGAUGCCAACAAAUCCUCCUCUCUCUACACCUCCCGCUCAAGGAUCGAACGAGCAUAAUUCCUCAAUUGCACCUCCAAAUCGCGUUUCGUCACCCCACCCUGGUCAGAAACCGAAGAGAAGAAAGAAUCCCCUUACCACCCGGUCAACCAAUGGUGAUGCGCCACCUUCGAAACCGGCAGCGGCCGCGCUAUUGGAUGGCACUGUUCCGCCAAUCAAUGUACUGCUGGUGGAAGACAAUGUUAUCAACUUGAAACUGCUGGAAGCUUUCAUGAAAAGGCUGAAAGUGAGGUGGAAGUCUGCCAUGAAUGGUAAAGAAGCAGUCGCGAUGUGGAGGACCGGCGGCUUUCAUUUGGUUCUCAUGGACAUCCAGCUCCCGGUGAUGAACGGACUGGAGGCAACCAAAGAAAUCCGACGACUCGAAGCCGUGAAUGGGAUUGGCGUAUUUAGUGGAAGCCCCAUCGACACUGGUUCCAAGACACCCCUUACGAACGGAGAGGGGCUGGCCGAGGCGGACGUCUUGCCCGAUCGCAGCUUGUUCAAAAGUCCGGUCAUCAUCGUGGCACUGACCGCUAGCAGUCUACAGAUUGACAGGCAUGAAGCACUGGCCGCUGGGUGUAACGACUUUUUGACCAAGCCUGUCAACUUUGUUUGGAUGGAACGCAAGGUCACAGAAUGGGGAUGCAUGCAAGCGCUGAUUGAUUUCGACGGAUGGCGAAAGUGGAAGCAAUACGCAGAGGCCCAAGAAGAUCCGGCCAAGAAGGUGGCUGAAGAAAAAGACGAAAAGGCCAAAACCAAGGCAGCUCUAAAAGCCAUGUUUUUGCGACCUCCUCCGAGCCUUCAGAAGGAUGGCGGUGGAGGCGCAGAAACAUCGUCUAACUCAGAAAAGACCCUUUUGCAGAAUGGAACUCCCAAGAAAAGUAUCAGUUCGGGCGUGGGCGGGGCCAGCGGACCAAAAGGUCACAGGAUCAGUCGAAGUAAUGCAAGCGGUGGAGGAAGCUUGGAGAGUAUGGCAGAGGAAGAUGAAAAGGGACAUUGA